UUCGAUAGUCAUUAAUGUGUUGACGCCCCUUUGCCUAAAUAAAACAUUUUCCAAAAUUUUUGGUUUGGGAGAGGCAAAAGCAACGGUUCAUUCUCUAAUGGAAAAAAUAAUUAGCAGUAAAUUAAAUUCACAACCGGAGGAAAUUUCUUCAAAGUCUGUCUUUACCCGAGUUAUUGAACUUCAUUGCAAAGGAGAAAUAAGCUAUGAGGAAAUGAAAGGAGAGUGCUUCAAUAUUAUUUAGGCUGCCAUCGACACCACCACUGCAACUGUCAAUCAUACUCUUACUCUACUCGCCAUGUUUCCGCAGUACCAGGACAUUGUCUUUGAAGAGCUAAAAAAAGUCUUUCCAGAUGUUGAACACUUCGAAGUGGAGUAUGCGGACCUCCAGAAAUUGGAAUAUCUUGAUCGCGUCUUAAAUGAAACGUUGCGCAUAAUCCCACCCGUACCCACCGUUUCAAGAGACUUAAUAGAAGUCAUUCGCCUCUCAAACAAUGUCCUGGUGCCCAAAGGUGUAUCCUUUGUGGUCGACAUAUUUCACAUUCAUCGCAACAAGGAAUAUUGGGGACCAAACGCCGAAACAUUCAAUCCCGAUAAUUUUUUGGCCGACAAUGUGCGUGGACGGCAUCCAUAUGCCUUUUUACCCUUUUCAAAAGGGAGGAGAAAUUGUAUAGGCUGGAAAUAUGCCUUGCUUUUGUCAAAGAUCGCCUUGGCCAAGAUUCUAAGAAAUUACAGAAUAAGCACGGAUUUUCGGUAUGAAGAUCUUGUUUUUAUUGAUGGUGUAAUAACGAAGCUGCGAAAAUCACCACUUUUACGAUUUCAAAGGAGGACUUCUAAGUAAAAUUAAAAUGAAAAAUAAAAUUUAAAAUACAAUCUUUUUAAUGAACACGACCGUAAAAAUGUUUAGUCUUUAUAGAAAUAUUAUUUAUAUUUCACAAAGAUUUAAAAAUAAAAGUCAAUAAA